AUGCUAAACUUUAUUAAUAAUAGCUGCUUUGGUCAAUUAGUAUAUUAUCUAUCAAAUCGCAAUUACUGCAAACUGAAAGAGGAACAAAAUUAUUACGUCGUUCCAGAAAAGUACUUGUUAUCAAUAUUAUCAUCUAUUUUAUCAACUUCGUCAUUUGAUGAAAAACCUACAAAUAAUGAUAUAAUAGUCACCUGGGAUGGUGAAGAUGAUCCUGAAAAUCCACGUAAUUGGCCCGUUUACCAAAAAUCUUUUUUCAUAUUCGAAAUAUCCUUUUUGACACUUGCGGUAUAUAUGGGUUCUGCAAUAUAUACACCUGGUGUAUAUGAAAUACAAGAAGCCUUGGGAGUUUCCGAAAUAGUUGCAACCCUACCAUUAACUCUUUUUGUUAUUGGGUAUGGUUUAGGACCCAUGGUAUUCGCUCCAAUGUCAGAAAUAGCGACGGUAGGAAGAGCAUACAUAUACGUUGUAUCCCUAGUCGUAUUUAUGAUAUUACAAAUUCCAACAGCAUUAGCUGAAAAUAUUGCGAGCUUAUGUGUCUUGAGAUUUUUAGGUGGAUUCUUUGCGUCUCCGUGGCUUGGCAAUGGUCCUGCAUUGGUUUGUGAUGUAUUAUCGAUUCCCUAUGGCGCUAUUGGAACAGGAUUAUGGUCUAUUGCUGCAGUAGCCGGACCGCUGUUUGGUCCUUUGAUUGGAGCUGUCUUGGUGGUUAAAGGAGGGCGGAGAUGGACAUUUUGGUGUCUAUGUAUUGUGAGUGGCGUCGCCUUAUCCUUAUCAAUAUUCUUGCUUCCAGAGUCUUUUGAAAAGACCUUGCUAUGUAGGAAAGCAAAAAGAUUGGGGACUUUAACGGGUAACCCUAAUAUUGUUAGCGAAGGUGAGAUUGAAGUGAAACAUUUAAGUGUGGGCCAAAUUACAAUAGACACAUUGUGGAGACCGUUCAAAAUAGCAAUUUCUGAACCAGUUGUAUUAUUAAUAGACGUAUACCUUGCGCUAGUUUAUGCUAUUAUGUACCUUUAG